AUGUCUUGUCCGAAGACAUUGUUGAAAGCGGUAACCGCAGGGCGCACGCGACAAGUUCGUCUGCUGCUUGACCUCGGCGCAUCCACGGAGGAACAAGACGACUGCGGACAGACGCCACUGAUACGUGCUGCGCUUCUUGAGCAUGACAGGAACAGGGAUAAAAUACUGCGAACGCUGCUAAAGAGAGGUGCACAGGUGAGCAGAGCCGAUGUUGUGGGACGGAAUGCUUUGAUGUGGGCGUGCUUGUACGGUCGAGACAACGAUGUAGCGCUAAUGAUCGAAUAUGCUGAUGUUGAUUUAGACUAUAAUAGGGUUGAUAUAAAUGGACAAACUGCGCUGUUCCAUGCUGUGUCGUCUGGUAACGCGGCAACUGUGAAACUGGUUGUGUCCGCCUUGAUGAAAUACGGUCUGUCCACUGAUACACCGGACAGUCGUGGAACUACGCCGUUAAUGCAAGCUAUGCGACUUGGACAUGAUGUAUGUGAAAGUAUCCUUAUCUUUGAAGGAAAUGCAAAAGUAGGUCUUAGUGGUAAUUCAGAAUUUGAAAAGUUUAACAGACGAGAGAAAUGGGCUGUUACAAGUCUCAGGGACAGAUCAAAGGUUAAAAUAACAAAAGCCAAAAUGAAUCAGUCCCAGUUUCCACCGAUUGAGAAACAAAAGACUUCAGGUAAUGAUUCUCCCAAUAUUGCCAGCAGACGAUUCAUCGGAACGCACGUGAAAAAUUAUGACUCUGAUGAAAACAGUUUGUCGUCUGAUGAGGACUCAUUCGAUCCUUUGACUGGAUUCUCUUAUCGAAAACGCAAAAAAGAACACAAUAAUUCUGAAACGAACAAUGUCAAUACGCCUUUGUUACACUGUCUCCAGAAUUUUCCGCCAUGCAAAAUACCGCUGUCAAUUCUGGCCUCUCCAGCGGCAAGUUCUGCCGGCAACCUGUCGAGCGGAGAUGAAUCUGAAGUGGAUUCUGUUGCCAGCACAAUAAUUGAAGGAAAGGUUUUCAAAACACCAGUCCGUGCUCCUGCAGACCUCAAUUCCAUAUAUGGUAUGAAACAGGAGCAAAUGACAACAUCUUACAGGCAGACGGUUGUCAAGGCUGAGACAACACCAGAAGUGACUGAGAACGCCCUUGAAACUGAAACACCGACUGGAAAUAAAAAUGGUCGAAAAGAAUUUGAAGCAAAGAAAUGGUCGACAUUGAAGAGAAGUUUACGCCUUACAGGCUUGGCGAGAAUGAACCCUGCAAAACUUGCCGACAAACCAUCUGAUGACGACCAGUUGCCAAAGAGAGAAGGUGGAUUGCCGAAUAUUUUCACGGAGAAGAAGUCGCAAAUUUUUAAUAAAGCAAAGAACGAGUCUCCGAAAACCGCUCCGAAAACACCCCGAAUGAUCGUAAAUGAAAAUGAGUUAAUAUUUUACAGUCAAACUACUAGAUGGCUUCCUCACAUAAAAGGUUUCUACACUCCAAGCGAGGCUGAAGCAGCAACGACAGAAUUGAAGGAAGAAAUUGUCUGCUUAGCACAGCUUGUGAAUGCCUAA